CGGCACGGCAAAUCAGUUGAGAACCUCGCUUUUCCGAGCUGAGCAGAGUCCGGAGCUGUGAAGACCACCGGAAAAGGGCACAGCUUCUUCCCAAAUUGAACCUCUUUCUCUCUCUAUCCACCAGCGUAGCUCAGCUGGGCUAUCCCUCAAAUGGUGAAUUUCAGCGGAGACCCUCACAGUUACACUCAACCUCAAACCCAAGACAACAGCAACCACUUCAACCACCCUAACGGCAACUACAACUGCCACAACGGGGUCAAUGCCUUCCCCAACCCUAACCCAAUCGAUUCUCCUGCUUCUGGAUAUAACCAUUCACGUCCACCCCGCAAGCGAGCUUGGACUUCUACUUCUCCAGAUCAAGCAGAUGGUGCGUGUCAUGUAAAAGUUUAUGUUGCACCGGUUCCAAGAACAGCUACCGAGACUGAUAUCCGCCUGGUGUUUGAAGGGCAUGGGACUAUUGUUGAGGUUGUUCUUUUAAAAGAUAAGAGAACUGGUGGACGACAAGGAAGUUGUUUUGUGAAAUAUGCAACAUUAGAUGAAGCUGAGAGAGCCAUUAAGGCUUUAAACAAUAAGUAUACAUUUCCUGGGGAAUCAUCUCCUGUUGUUGUCAGAUAUGCUGAUCGGGAACGUGAACGGCUUGGGGUUCGAACAUUUGUACGGAACGUGGAAAAGAAAGAUCCUUCAGAAGAGGUUGCUGAUAAAGUAUUUGUUGGUUGCAUCAACAAAGAAGCUUCGAGAAACGAAAUAGAAGAAAUAUUUUCUACUUAUGGACAUAUAGAAGAUGUCUUCCUGCACAAUCGUGGAUAUGCUUUUGUCAAAUUUUCUAAUAGAGAAAUGGCGUUGGCGGCAAUCAAAGGGCUGAACAACACAUUCACAAUGAGAGGUUGUGAUCAUCCAUUAAUUGUUCGUUUUGCGGAGCCAAAGAAACCAAAGACUGGAGAUCCAAGAGGCAACUUUUUAAAUGGGAAUGGAAAUUUUGGUCCCCUUCCUCAGGAAUCAGCAGUUUGGCCAGUGCCAAAUUUCGGUGAUCCAAAUACUAGAGGAAGUAUUAUGCCUAUGGCUCCACAUCGUUCUACAAUUGCACACCCACAAGUUUCUUCUCAUAUGCAGAAUUGGGAACCUGGGGCUAACAUGGUGCCCCAGCCAUUUCCUAUCCAACAGCCACAUUCACAAUUGACUUCGAUGCCUUUGCAGUGCAAUCAAGCUCUGAAGAUGUCUUCUCAACCAUUUUAUCCUGAGGUGCAGAGACAGUUGCAUCCAACAGAUUUGUCAGUGCAAAAUAUAGAGCAGCAGCCAAGUUCACAGACACCUACUCAGAGUGUAAGCAAUUCUAAUACAGUUGCUGGCAGUACUUCACCUGAUAUGCCUACUAGUCCUGUAGAUGAAGAUUUUCCCGAGUGUGACUGGAGUGAGCACUACUGCCCUGAUGGUCAUACUUACUACUACAAUUGCGUCACUUGUGAAAGCAAAUGGGAAAAACCUGAGGAGUAUGCUCUCUAUGAGAGAGGGUCUCUGAAGCAGCAAAAGCAUGAGGAUCAUAAAGAAUCGCAGGAGCUGCAGGAGCACGAUGAUCAUAAAGAUUCGCAGAAGCUGCAGGAGCUCGAGGAUCAUGAAGAUUCACGGAACCUGCUGGAACACGUGAAUCAUAAAGAUUUUAAGAAACUGCAAGAGCACGAGGAUCAUAAAGAUCUACAGAAGCUGCAAGAGCACGGGGAUCAUAAUGAUUCAUGGAGGCAGCAAGAGCACGGGGAUUAUAAUGAUUCACAGAGGCAGCAAGAGCACAGGGAUCAUACUGAUUCACGGAAGCAGCAAGAGCACGAAGAUCAUAAAGAUUUGCAGAGGCUGCAGGAGCACGAGGAUCAUAAAGAUUUGCAGAGGCUGCACGAGCAUGAGGAUCAUAAUGGUUCACAGAGGCAACAAGGGCACGGGGAUCAUAAUGAUUCACAGAAGCCACAAGAGAACGAGGAUCAUAAAGAAUCACAGCAUCAGCAAGAGCAUGAGGAUCAUAAAUAUUCACAGAAGCAGCAAGAGAACGAGGAUCAUAAAGAAUCACAGAAGCUGCAAGAGCUUGAGGAUGAUAGCUGUCUUUUGUCACAAUUAUCAUUAUCCUCCUCUGCACAAGUUGCUCAAAGCCAAAAGGAAACAGAUAAUGAUCAAGGGCACUCAAAAGCAAGUUCUGUUGUUGGACAGGGGUGAUAUAGUUUUUCUUGUUGGGUCACUGGUAGUGGUAUGACAUACUGUUCAUAACUAUUUUUAUUGAUAGAAACAUUAACGAUUAUUAUUACUAUUAUCAUAAAAUGGCUUUAAAAUUUCUAAGGAACUAUAUUUUAUUUUCAUAUUAAUAUGGACAUUAAUAUUAUUUAUUUAUUUUGAGGAACUUUUGUUCAGAUGCAAAGAAUGAAAGUUAUCAUCCUAUACAUUCUCCUUUAAU